AGUCAACUAGAAAAACUGAAAGUGUUAACAACGUUAUUUAUUGCGGUGAAAAAGAUAUCGAAUUUUAAUUAAAUAAUUUAAAACGAGAGCGGAAAAACAUGAUGUUUUCAAGUGAAAAAUAUGCAAAAUAUAUUUGUUUAAUUGUUAUAGUUCUAAUGCAGUUAGUGCUACCAGCUGCUGGACUUCAAUGUAUACAGUGUGGAGGUGAUGUAAAAUGUAGUACAACUCUAGGAGAAACGGCUAAAGAUUGUCCUGCAGAUGAAAAGACAUAUACAAAAUGCUUUACACAAAUUGACACCAAUGGCAACAUUGUAAGAGGUUGCAAAACAGACGAUGAAGCAAAAACAUGCACAUCCGAUAAUAAUUGCAUUCUGACUGAUGAUGGAAAAAACAAUCAACUUAUUUGCAAAAAAUGUGAUGCUACCGAUGAAAAGUGUUCUCAAACCGAUAUGAAUGUUAACGAUCUGAAAUACAAUCAAAUCUGUGGUGAGGGCGUUAAGAAAUGUAUCAAGAAAAUCGAUAACAAACUUGUCGUUAGAGGUUGUGCCACUGAGAGUGAUAGUAGUCAAUGCACCGAUCCUAAAAUCUGUGAAACAUGUGACAGUGUGAUGUGUAACACUGGAAUAUUCCCCAAAGAACGCAUACGUUGCCAUCAAUGUACUGGCAGUAGCUGUGUAGAUGUUGCAGCAAAUAAUUUAGCUGCCAAACCAUGUGCAAAUUACGAAGAAAAGGAUCAAUGUUAUACCAAGGCCAAGAGUGACACUGACAUGACACGUGGUUGCAAGUCCGAUACUAAGGAUAAUCAAUGUACUGACACUGCUGAAGGUUGUGCCUUUUGCUCCAGCGAUAAUUGCAAUAAUUUAAAGUAUAAAUAUGAUCAAGUGCUCAAGUGUCAUCAGUGUAGUGCUGACGAUGCAACUAACGAAUGUUUCAAAGAACAAACUGCCACGGAAUUGAAGAAUUGUGAAAAACAACUUCUUUACAAUGAAGCCGAAUAUUGUUAUACCCAAAUCAGUGGUGAUAAAAUUCAACGUGGUUGUCUACAUGAUAAUGCAGAUCUUACCGUUGACAAAUGUACAGAUAGCAACAACUGCAAGAAAUGCAACAGUUCCAAUGGUUGCAAUAAUAGCCAAGAGAAAGCACCAGAGUUCACUUGUAUCGUGUGUCGCAGUGAUUUGAAUGAAAAGUGUUGGAAUGAUGCAACAAGUGUACCGGAACAAAAGUGUCGUGUUAACCCUAGUUGCCAAGAAGGUUGUUUUCAUGGUAUUUGGAACGGUGUUGCUAUUCGUGGUUGUAUGGUCGAUGCCAGUUUACAAAAUCAGGCAAUCUGUAAAGAUGAAAAGAAUCUUCAAUGUAAUGCUUGUUAUAAGAAGAACUGCAAUACGUUGAAGUCAUCUGGUAAUAAAAUCGGUUUACAAUUUGCUGUAUUGCUAAUUGUUUUGACUACAUUGUGGAACUUGAAAUAAAAUCCCUACAAAUAUUUUAUA